UGGUGUAUAGUUGCAGCUGUAAUUUCAGUGAAAAUGUAACAUAAAUCAAUGCUAGUUUACCACCAAGACUUGCAAUUUUCGUGUACCUUCCAGAGUGUUGACGGCGACAGUCAUGAACUUGCACGACCACACUCCAACCACCAACGCAAUCAAAAUGUCCUGAUUGUGGGGCAAAUGGCUCACAUGCCAUACAAUUAACAUCUUUGAAACGACCUGUCUUGGCACGCCAGACUAGCUCCAUAGUUGUAAUAUAACAACCCUCAUCCAAAUCACCAAGAGGUCAACAUACAAGGCCUUCUGCUCUUGGCGCUUCAUCGCCAUUCUUGUGCAACUCAUCUCUCCUGCAGAUUGUCUGAACAAGAACAGCAAUGAGCGAUGGUUCAGGGUUCCCGGGCUUCCACAGCCAUAGCUACGAUCGCAACUACUCGCGUCCCCUGUUUCGCGUCGCCUCGUUCUCCGACAGCGGCGAUGAGCAGGAGCGACAUGCGGCGUCACCACGGGGACACAGCCAGAGCAUGAGCCGGACAGCAUCAUACAAGGGGGCAGCACCAUCGCGCCUCUCACCGUCAAUGAGCAAGAUGAGCAUGAAGAAACUGCAACAAGUUGUCGAUGAGAAGUCAAUGGAGGAUGAAGAGAUGGAGCUGAUGAAGGAGAAGUAUACCAAGUUGCUGCUUGGGGAGGACAUGUCAGGGAGCGGCAAAGGUGUCUGCACUGCUGUAGCCAUCACCAAUGCCAUCACAAAUCUCUAUGCAACUGUGUUCGGGACCUGCCACAGAUUAGAGCCACUGCCACCUGAGAAGAGAUCGAUGUGGAACAGGGAGAUGGACUGCCUCCUCUCCAUUUGCGAAUAUAUUGUGGAAUUCUCACCGACUGUACAGUCCAUGCCUGACGGAAGCACACACGAUGUGAUGGCGACCUCACCAAGAUCAGACAUCCUGAUGAACCUUCCUGCACUUGAGAAGCUAGAAACCAUGCUCCUUGGUAUAUUGGACAGCUUUGACAAGCCAGAGUUCUGGUAUGCAGAUCAGAGGAACCAAUCCUUCAAUGAAAGCAAGAAGUCAUUCCAGCGCAGUGAGGACAAAUGGUGGUUACCUGAGCCAUGUGUUCCAGACUCUGGACUGUCUGAUCACAUGCACCGUGAACUGCAGCAAAAGAGAGACCAAGCAAGCCAGAUCCACAAGAUGGCCAUGGAGAUCAACAGUGGUAUCCUAUCUGAAAUGCAAGUUCCACUGUCAUACUUGGAGACUCUUCCAAAGAGUGGGAGGGUGGGUGUAGGUGAUGCCAUCUACCGGUAUAUGUCUUCAGGGGAUCAGUUCUCUCCAGAGCACCUCCUCAACUUCCUCAAUUUGAGCUCAGAACAUGAGGCGCUUGAGAUUGCAGACCGCGUUGAAGCCGCUAUGUAUGUGUGGCGAAGAAAAGCAAGCACGACACACGUGGUGUCCAAAUGGGAGAACGUUACCGAGCUGAAUGCUGAUGGAGACAAGAAUCUGGUCCUUGCAAGUAGGGCCAGGAGCCUGCUCCUUUGCUUGAAGCAGAGGUUCCCAGGCCUGUCACAGACUACCCUGGAUACAAGCAGGAUUCAGUAUAACAAGGACAUUGGGCAGGCGAUUCUCGAGAGCUACUCAAGGGUGCUGGAAAGUUUGGCUCAUAAUAUAGUCUCAUGGAUAGAUGAUAUCCUAAUUGCCGAUGAAAAUGCGAAAAAAGGGCACAAGAUCAGGAUGCAGAAGCAGGUGUUCACCCAGCUUUCUCCACAACGCUGAGCAUGGCAAACUAAUAUACAAAUACAUAUAUAUUAUGUUGCAUAGAAUUUUUGUGGUUUGCCUUCCUGGAGUGGCGUGCAGUUUUAUUGUUGUGAUAGGGUGGUGUGGUAGAUAUAAUAAUGUACGACAGCUUCAUUACCUAUGUAUGUAGAUCAUAAUGGAUGAGAGAAAGAGUUGCAACCAAAAACUUGGGAGUUCCAUUCUGUUGCUGUUGGAACAUAUUCUUCAUAAUCUACACAAUAAUCAUUUUACUUC